UUCAUCAUGCUUGGGCUGGCCUCAGGUAUUCGCAUUGUUCUCGUCGAAUCUCGGGGGAUUCCCCCGUCUCACCGAAAAGAAAUUGCGUCAUGUUGCUCGAAUUACCUGACGAGAGCACGGAAAGGUCACCGAGAGAAUGGCCGGCCUAAGAGGUGUCAAAGCUAUAUAAAGGCGCCAAUGAAAACGACUAAGGACAACACAAAUCUGACAAACCAGACGCCUUGAGAAAGAAACGGCGCGAAAACUUCACACAAGUAUCGAAAAGCUUGUUGACUCCGACUCCAAUAAUCAUGGCUCUCGACAAGAUGAUUUUUCUGGCGUGCGUUCUCCUCCUCGCCACGGCCAACGCGACCCCGGUGAUGAGGCGUGACACUGCGUCAGCGUCCACCGGCCAGUGCGCGCCGUUGACGGCCCAGAACCUCAGCGAGCUCCUCCUAGGACUCGAGGGAAACGCCACGUCCUUCGAGCCCCACUUUUCGUCGGUGAAUACCGGCACCGGCACGGCCGUCCGUCCAUGUCCCCUAAACACCGGCAUCGUCUCGUCCAUGGCUGUCAACGAGAGGGCCGUGUGCCCGUGGGACUACGAGCAAAGAGAGUACCCAUCCCUGAUUCCGAGGAUCAUCAACCGAGCCGUGCAUCGGUGCAACGGCACUGGCAAGUGCAUCGACCCGCGUACGGGUGGUGAGAUCUCCGAUGCUAACUGUGAGCCGAUCAACUACAGGAUGAAGGUGCUAAACCGGACCGAAUGCGCAGACGGCAACUACACCUACCGAGUGGAAUACCUGCAGGUUCCAGUAGCCUUCACCUGCAGCCGUCCCGUUACCAGACCUUAGUAAGGACACCACAUCGCCUGUGAAGGUGCAUGUACUACCGACAAAGGUGUCUUGUGACAGAGGUUAAGGAAUUUGGGUUAUCGUGGUAGCUGGUCCUACCAGGGAGGUGGGUGGGGGGAGGGUUGCAGGGACAAAAACUGAAUGCCUUAAGGGGAUGUAGAAAAUAUCGAGUAAAGACACAUUCUUAAUUGUCAUCAUCAUACGGUGUGUGAUGAAAACAAAAACAGGGUAUCUAACAUGAUCGAAAAGGGUUUUCAAAAAACGGCUGAAGAUAUUUAUAUGAACUUAGAUAUUCUAUAUUUAUUGAUAAUAAAUUGUUUAUGAAACUAUUUUAUAAAGAUAUAUGAAAUUAUUUGUGUACGCAGAGAGGAGCUUUUGGCUGUAAGUUAUAGUUGAGAUAAUUUAUAUUUUAAAGAUUAUAUACAAUUAUUUAUUUGUGUACUCAGACGGAGGGUUUCGAACCCAUAUAGUAUAAUUUAUAUUAUAGUAUACAAAAUAGUAUUGACUGCUUCGAGGGGUGUAGUAAAACUAGUCUCCCGACUUGAUCCAUGAAGUAUUCUUUUUUUUUCCCGAGGCGAAGCUGAGGGAAAAU